AUGUCUCAGCCGAAGAUUACAUUCUACGUGGACAUUGUGAGCCCGUUUGCCUACAUUGCUUUCCACGUCCUCAAGAAUUCAAAGGCCUUCAAACAGGUCGAGGUGCAAUAUGUGCCGAUCCUGCUUGGGGGUUUGAUGAAGGUCUGUGGGAACACACCGCCGCUGAACAUUAAGAACAAAGACAAGUGGAUCAAUACGGAGCGCCAGCGCUUGUCGAAACAGUUCAACGUGCCCAUCCUGCAAGAUGCUCUGCCUGGCUUCCCUGUCAGCACAUUGCCCAUCCAGCGCGCCCUGGUAUCUCUCUCGCUCUCUCACCCACAAAAGCUUGAACGCGCAAUAGAGCUCUGCUACGAAAAUUUCUGGGCGCACUGGAACGACCCGACUAAGCCGGAGAAUCUGCAGGCUAUCCUUGGGACUGUUUUGGGCAGUGACGAAGAGGCGCAAAAGGUGAUCGCGAGGACGAAGACCGAAGAGGUGAAGCAGGCUCUGGGCGGAAACACUACCAAGGCGUUUGAAGACGGCGCCUUUGGGCUGCCAUGGUUUGUCGGUAAGCGCAGAAUUGGUGCUCUGUCGGAUAAUCAGAAAGUGAUUGUUGACCAUGUGCGACAGCUACCAACGCGAGAGGAGAGACCGAGGGGUACUGGGGCGUCGAUCACAUGGAUCCAGUCUACUGAAGAAAUGGAUUACUACCGACAAAAUGAACUCCCCGAGACGGUCAAGCGUUACAAGACCUACACCGACCAAUUCCAAGCGUGGUUGCUCCAGACAGCCUUCCAACGUGGCGUGGAGAUUGCAAAUGUGGUUGCAGACCAGGCUAAGAAGAAAAAGAACAAGAAGGGCUACAGAAUACCGCUACAGAAACAGGAGCAGCUCGUCAACGCCAUAGCCGCUACGAGCAUUCCGCUCGCGGACACCAGUGGUAUCGACGACCUGGGAGACGCUAUCCGGUCAAGGAAGGAGGUAACGCAAUAUCACAAACAAAAUAACACGGCGGACCUGGGUCAUGAAUACUUCAAUGGCAGCUUAGAAGCGCUCAUGGCGGUGCUGAAGGAUCUUGUCCCCGGUAUCAAUAAGGCUCGAAACGGCAAGACUGACACGUCUACCCUUGUCUUCAUCCAGUUUCCCGCCGAGUCCAACAAAAGCCAAGACGAACAGGACGAUUUACUUGAGAAGAUGCGGAAGCGGGACCAGGUUGACAUGGAUGACGGCAGCCAGCAGCAGCAGCCUCUGACUUCCAAGACGAAGACGAAGGCGCCGAUACCAGAGGAGAACCUGCUGACUGCAGAGGAAGAACAGUUGCGCCGUGACUUUCUUGUACUCUGCUUCCUUUACAAGUUCAACCGCAUACGGGCUGUCGUCUACGAGGUGUGGGUCACUUACCAUGAGGGCCAUGUCAAUGCGAUGACCGCAGCGCUAGUGACCGACCUAGCCCAGGAUCAUUUGCACCAGAACGUCAAGGCACUGAUGGAGGAGCUCGAUUUGUUACCAGGAGACCUGGCCAUACUCAUCCGUCAGCUUUUCGAUACGAUCAAAGCAGCUCCCAACACUGGAGUACAGAACGCAGCAACACCGCUCACUGAAAAGGCACUGCAUCACCUGUUUUGUCUGGAUGAUGCUGCCGUCUUGAUCAAGAGCUACGUCACGAAUAAGCGCCCGAUGAAGGACAGUAUUGGCAACGACAUCCAGGAGCACCCUCUCAUGAUAUUCUUGAGGUUCUUCGACGUUAUUCGCAAGGGCAACCUCAAGCUUCCAAAGUGGGAUCACUUUACCGCAGAGAUGCUGUUGCAUCAGAGUACAUCACAAGACUACCUACCCUUCGGCCUUGCCAUUGUUCUCGACAUCCAAGAGGCAGUGCGCGACGACUGUCGUCGGAUGCUACGCGACCUCACCGAGCACGGCUUAGACAUCGCCAGAUGUAUCCGUUGUCAUGUCGACUACGAAGACCGCAUGUGGGCCAAGGGAACAAAGCCUGACUACAUGUGCAAAGAAGAGAUCAAGUUCAGUACCCUCCUGUUGAAGCCUCUAGACAGGCUGUUGGACUGGCUGCAAGAUGUUCUGAAUUCGCGAGAAGUGCCGAUGGCUGCUAGCGUCUUCAUCACCGUUCAUUCGACGCUCGCGGGACUUUCAAUGUGGCACUACAACCAGAUCUACCACCAUACUACCAUUACCAAGAUACAGUGGUUCAUCAAUGGCCUCGCUCACCUCUACAACGCCGCCUGCCAAAUCGGCGGUCUGAACAUCCAGUGGCCAGACCUCGACUAUCUGAUCAAGAUGCAUGGGUAA